AUGAACAACAACAACAAUAAUAACAAUAAUAAUAUAUACGAUGAUGAUAAUGCAAAACAAUCAAGUUAUUCAAAGAAUAGUUGGAGAAACUAUUUAGAUAUCUAUGAUAGAGCUGCUGCUUAUUUGGUAGAUCUAAAGAUGCCAACAAACAAUCAGUUGGUAUCGUACGAUCAGAAACAAUCAGAAUCACAGAGUACAAUCGAUAGUUUAGUAAGAGUUGCAUUCUAUAGCGCAUUCACUACUAUCAAGAAAAAGACAAACAUCAACAACAACAACAGUAACGAUUAUAUACAACAUAGCAACAAUAAUAAUGAAAAUAUAUUUAUAAAUGAAGCAUGGUUAGAGUACUUCUCAUCUGUAAUAAAGAAUAGAAGCAAAGGAUCAUGUAUAUUCCGUAUAAAAUCAUAUAGAAAUAGAUUAUUAAAUAAUAGUAACAAUAGUAAUAGUAAUAAUAAUCUUGGUAGCAGUAGUGGUGGUUUAUUUGGAAAGUUAAAAGGUUUAAGUGAUCCAUUCUUAAAUAGUAGUAGUAGUAGUAGUGGUAAUAAUAUAAAUAACAAUAGCAGCAAUAAUAAUAUUAAUAAGAAUAGCAGUAAUAUUGAGAAUAAAGGUGAAUUUAGAAAUGGUUAUUUUGUUGAUGAUCUAGAGGUAGAUAGUGGUGAAGACGACGAUAGUAACUCAUCGGUUCUGAGGUAUAAAUAUGAAAAAGAUUUCGUUUUAAUUAAAGAUGGUUCACCUCUGAUCGUCUCACUUUCACCAGAUUGGGGAGUUCCAUUCCAUAUUAAAGAACAAAUUAUUAUUGCACCACCACCACCAACAACCACCUCCACCACUUCGACAACUACAACUACUUCAGGAAAGCAUCAUAAUAGUAAACAUAGUUCAAAACAUCAACAUAAUAACAACAACAACAAUAACAACGAUGGUGGAGAUUCACAAUGGGGAUGUUCAAUCAUGUAA